AUGAAUAUCUUAAGUUGGAAUUGUCGAGGACUUGGGAACCUUCAGACAGAGCAAGAGCUUAGAGAUUUAAUACGAGCUCAUUCUCCCUCAAUCGUGUUUGUGGCCGAAACAUGGUUGAAAAAAGCUAGGCUAAUUUACUUACGUGACAAGUGGAAGUUUGAUGGGAUGAUUGUAUUUUCUAGAGAGGGGAGGGGUGGAGGGGUGUUGGUUUUUUGGAAAGAAGAAGUGGAUUUCUCGGUGGAUACUUAUUCGCCAAAUCAUAUUGAUGUGGUCAUUAAUAAAGGGAAGGAGGGUGAGUGGAGAUUUACCGGUUUCUAUGGUGAACCUGAAACAAACAAUCAUUUUAUCUCUUGGGCUACUUUGAAAAGACUAAAUUCAAAAUCUUCAUUACCUUGGUUAUGUGCGGGUGAUUUCAAUGAAAUUAUUCGAGCCCAUGAGAAAUUGGGAGGGUGGUAUAGACCAAAUAGGCAAAUGGAGGAGUUUAGAGAUGUGAUGGAUGAAUGUGGGUUUCAAGACUUAGGCUAUUGUGGUAACAAAUUCACUUGGUGCAAUGGGCAUGGGGAGGGGCAUACGGUGUGGGAAAGACUCGUUAGAGCGGUUGGUAUGGAGGAGUGGCUCUCAAUGUUCCCAGCCACAAAAGUGGUUCAUUUGGAGUGUGGUACAUCGGAUCACAAGUCAAUUAUGAUUCACUUAUUAGGGAUACCAAAGCGAAUAAAUAAACCUUGGAGGUUCGAACAAAUGUGGAUGAAGGAUGAGGGUUGUAGAGAAGUAAUUGAGGAUGCAUGGUCCCAUGUUCAUCAAAGGCAAUCCGAUGAGUAG